CUCUCUCUCUCUCUCUCUCUCUCUCAAGGGAAGUGCAGGAAGUAUAGCAGCUCAGACACAUUCAGACUCAGCCAUCAGACUGCACUUCCCUUAUCCUCACUUUCUCCUCAUCCCUCCAUUCAUCGUUCUCCCGACCAAUUCCAGUAAUCUCUGUCUCUUUCCCUCUUGUCACUCCCCCUCAGCACUGUCUGUCUCUCCUGUUUCCAUCUCUUUGAUCGACUUUGACUAAGUUUAAAGCAUGGGCUGUGGGAAUUCCACCUCUGCCAGCACAGCUGCAGGUCCAUCUGAGUCAGCCAAAGAUGUCCCAUUGGAUCAUCUCUUGGUUCUGUUCUGGUUCUGGGCCCACAGGCAAGACGAUUCAUCUAUGGAUGAUGAAAAGAGGAGGAACUAUGGUGGAGUGUAUGUGGGCUUACCUGCAGACCUCAGCAACGUGGCUACCGGACAAACACCCUCCACACACAAAGAAUAAUGAUAUUCAGAGCUGAAGGCACAGAUGAAGGGCUUUCCGGAGGGAAUUUUGGCUGAAAAGUGCUGUGUAAUAAUCUCAACAGGACGCAAUUUUCUUCAUCGGUGAUUGGCUCGCUGGGACAUGCUGGAAUCCUCUGAGAGCCAAUCAUCUAAUUGAACUCUCUGGAAACUGGAACUCAGAAUUAGUUCUGAUGACAAGGUCAGAGGUCAAAGACAAAUCUGAUAAUGUUAGCAUCACUCAGCUACCAGCACCUUGUUUCUCAGGACAAUGACACACAGGUGUUAAUGACAAUCACAGAGCAAUGAAGAUGCUGUAAAUGUGUCUCUGAGCUCAAACCUUUCCCCUCACAAUGUUGCUCUCUGUGUCACAUGUUUAUUAAGAGGUUUCACAAGAUGUUUUCAAGUGGGUAAUGGGACUCUUAAGGCACUUUUUAUGCACUUAUGAGUCUGUGUUUUUGUUUUUUCACUCUUUCAACAUGAUUCACAUCCUUUCAGACACUCUUCUCUAGUCUUAACAAUAAGCAUGUAUUAGAAAAAUCCAUUUGGUGAGUGUCAUGUUUGCAAGAUGACUAAAGUAGUACAGUACAUGAAGUGCCUUUGAAGGAGCUUGUUGCUGGUCUAUCAGGUGAGUCCUCAAGCCCUGUACUGUCUUCUGGAGGUGAAAUCAAGGAUUAUGUGUUUGUGAUUUGGUUUAAAGUCCCUCCAUCUCGGUAAUCCAAUUAGAGUGACCCAGUGAGAGCCUCUCAAGAACAAGUUUUAAAAUGAGUGUGUCUGUGCUAGCAGUGCUUGACCUGAGAGAACUCCGAGGACUGCGUAAGUAGGCUAGUGCUCACACAUUUCAGCAUCAGGUCAGCUGGAACACACACACUCCUGGGACACAGGGGAAAAGAGAUGAGGAGAGAAAGACAGAGAGUGAUAGAAAGAAAGGGACUGCUUGAGCCAGACUGUGUCACAGUGGGUGCUGAAUGAGGGAUCCUGAGGGAUGGCAGGAUGUGAGCCGACACUGUGACACGGGUUCUAGCUGAACUCCCAUGACUAC